ACUCGUUAGUGUGGAGAUAUGGAAAAUCAGGAUGCGAAGGUAUCUAUGCAUAAGAUCGGAGAGACGGGAAAAACCCUAAAUUAUAUCUAUAUUGCUCUUGAUGUACUAAAGGAGAUAUUUUUGAGACUCCCCCCCUGAGAUCUUUGGUCAGAUUCAAAACGGUGUCAAAAGAAUGGAGAUCGAUAUUGGAAUCAAAGAGCUUCAUUGAUAUGCAUAUGAGUUUUCAGAAAUCAUCUCUCCGGAGAAUCCUGUUCGGUUACGGCGGCGAAAAUCGGCCGAGUCUCUCACCGGAGUCACGAUUCGAAGGCGACGAAGACAUGAUGUAUCUGCACUGCGACACAGAGCGACCGUCGAUGAGUUGCGACGGUUUGGUCUGCAUCCUCUCACCAGAUUGGGUCAACGUUUUGAAUCCAUCGACCGGUGAAAUCCGGAGCUUCCCUUCCGGCCCAGAUCCCGUGCCUUCCCUGCUAUUCCCUCGCCGUGGCAGAAACAGAUGGUAUACUUGUUUCCCGGGAUAUUGGGCAAUGGGAUUUGGUAGAGACAAAGUGACGGGGAGCUAUAAAGUGGGGAGGAUGUGGUUUUAUCAUGUGGAAUGCGAUGUUCUCGCGGUUGAAACUGGUGAAUGGAGGAGACUGAGUCCACCUCCUUAAGAGGUCGAUGAAGGGAGAAGAUCGGCUUGUGUGAACGGAUCCAUCUACUGGCUAGAAGUUGCGUGUGCGUGGGGUUACAAGAUACUAGCCUUUGAUCUUCACACACAAGAGUUCCAUGACGUCAAAGCUCGUCUUCCACUUCCUUAUUUAGUCACAGGGGAAGACCAGAUACUGAAUCUCGACGACAGUCUAGCCAUUUCGAUGACAAUGAAGAGUGAAAAGAAACUAGAGGUCUGGUGCAUGAUGGAUUCGAAAGAGGAAACAUGGAGCAAAACCUACUCUAGCUCAAGUAGCUACGAGCCACCCAUUUAAGGUUAGGUGGUUCACGCCGGUGGCGGUUUCUAAGGAAGGGAACGUUUUGAUCUGUGACGAUAACAAGAGUUUAUUCAAACAUUAUCCACAUACAAAUGUCACUCGUCUUCUCACAUACUCUACUUGUUGUUGGGUUAUAUCUCCUUAUCUUGAAAAUUUGGUCCGACUAAACCCCUAGUUCAGUCCCCUUUUUUCUGUUUAUUAGGGAAUUAAGAGUCUUGUGUGUUUGCUUCUAAUUUGUUAGUUGGAACAUGGAACUUGUGAGUGUUGAUUCUUUACAAGUCGAUUUUCCGACAUGAGAGCCUGUAAUUUGAUCUCAGCUUGGUUACUUUUAUAGUUGGAAAA